AUGCAGGAGUCAUCCAUAGAAGUAAAUAAAGUCAUAAUUGUUUUAGUAUCAGCUAAAUCGAAUGAAGAGGCUGAAUCAAUAUCUUCAAAGUUGGUUGCAGAGGAGUUGUGUGCUUGUGCAUCAAUAAUUCAACCAGUGAAAAGUAUAUAUAGAUGGAAAGGAGAAGUUUUAAAGAGUGAUGAAGUGAUAAUAAUUAUAAAAACUUCUAAAGACUUAAUUUCAACACUUACAGAAAGAAUAAAGGAGCUGCAUUCUUAUAAUGUACCAGAAAUUAUAGCUACAGUUAUCACAGAUGGUAAUAAGGAUUAUUUAGAAUGGGUUCUUGAUUCCGUUACAAAUAAAAAACAUAAAUAUACUAUCACUUAA